ACACGCCAGAGGAAACCCGUAGCGGCAAGACCAACGCGACCGCGCCUACGCUCCUACGGACGUCGACUCUCAUCGACGCUAUACUAUACGAGGAUCGGAAGCUAAAACGGAAACAGAGAGACGCGGCAAGGAGCGACUUACCAUCUAGGGCCUAGUACGACUCGAAGAAAAAAAUGAAUUGAACAUAUAAAGCACCGAAUCCGUCUUCCCCACCAGCGCUGAUUAGUUCUUCAAUGUCCUCACUGCCGCAAAACAUGAAAAUCAUCCUACGAAGCUACACUCACCUGAACUUCGAUGUUUGAUUCUUCUCAACGCUAACGCUCUCAGGUCACAAAAAGCCAUGUUCUCCUUUGCGAUCGACCUAGUCGUUUUCCUAAUCAAGGUCCUCGUUACCGCCUACGACGUCAUCAGCAUUCCCGUCUACUUCGUACUCCAGAAGCCCUGGGUCUACUGGAAGCAAAAACGACUGCGGUUCGCCAAACCCAUCAAAGAUGGCGACCCGUCGUCGCCUUACGUACGCCCGGAAACGCUCGACAUCGAAUGCCUGAAGGGUGUCCGAACGCUGGACGAAGCCACCCGCAAAGCAGUUCGGUCGUACCCCGAGCGACCCGCUCUGGGUACGAGGCCAGUCCUCGGACAAAGCGAGGACAAGCAGCCCGACGGCAGGGUCUUCAAGAAACUUGUUCUGGGCGACUACCAGUGGCUCACGUACGACGAGGUCGACCAGAAGAUCGACCUGACGGCACGCGGUCUGCAGGCCAUAGGCCUGAGACCACGUCAGCGCAUGGCCAUCCUAGCCGAGACGCGCUUGGAGUGGUUCGUAACGGCGCAGGCCUGUUUCCGCGCCAACGUCCCGCUAGUCACUCUGUACGCGACGCUUAGCAACGAAGGGAUAGUGAGCGCAGUAAACAGGACCGCGGUGACGCACUUGGUCACUUCUGCGGACCUCCUUCCCCGGGUGAUAAGCAUCUCGGGCAAGACGCCGUCACUUACGCACAUCGUCUACAUGGAGAACGCUUCGUCCAAACAGCUCCAACCGUCUGCAGCUCAGGGUCCUCAGGUCAUGCCGUUCUCCAGUCUUCAAACCUUGGGAAGCCAGCGCUACUUGCAAGAGUGCCGGCCCACGCCUGAUGACAUCGCGAUCAUCAUGUUCACCAGCGGAUCCACGGGAAUUCCCAAGGGUGUCAUGGCAACGCACAGCAACCUCAUGACGACGAUGAGAUCCUUCGCUUUUCUCUGCCAGAACUUCGGGGUCGCAGGCAGCGAAGACGUCUACAUCGCCUUCCUGCCUCUGGCCCACAUGCUCGAGCUUUCUUUCGAGAUACUGCUCAUGAGCGUGGGCGGUCGCAUAGGCUACUCCUCUCCCCUCACGCUCACCGACAAGUCAAACGGCGUCGAUCCGAGCUGUCGCGGAGACGCGACCGUUCUGAAGCCGACUCAGAUAACCUGUGUUCCUCUCGUGGCUGACCGGAUCCGGAAAGGAAUCAACGAAAUGGCCGCUUCCAAGGGUGCCCUGUUCAAGGCGCUAUUUGACUACGCCGUACAGUACAAAUGCCGCUGGCUGAACCUCGGGUUCGACACUCCCAUCCUCAACCGGGUACUGUUCAACAAGACGAGCCGCGUUCUCGGAGGCAAAACCAAGUUCAUCGUGAGCGGCUCGGCCCCGCUGUCCAAUCAGACCCGCUGGUUUCUGAGGGCCUGUCUAAAUUGCCCGGUCGUCGAAGGAUACGGCUUGUCAGAGACGAGCUGCGUGACCACGGCCAUGGAUCGGCGGGACACAAGCACGGGACGCGUGGGACCCCCGCUUCCGGGUUGCUACUUGCGCCUGGUCGACUGGCCGGAGGGCGGCUACAGCGUCGCCGACAAGCCUAACCCUCGCGGCGAGGUCGUUGUCGGAGGUCCGUGCAUCACCAAGGGGUACUUCGAGGACGAAGAACUGACGCGAGAGUCGUUCCGGGAGGAAGGCGGCGUCCGCUGGUUCUACACUGGCGAUGUAGGCGAAAUCUUCCCCAACGGCACGCUCAAGAUCAUCGACCGCAAGAAGGACAUCGUGAAACUUCAGCACGGCGAGUACGUGGCCCUAGUCCACGUCGAAGCGGUGCUCAAGUCCUGUCCACUCGUCGAAAACGCGUUCGUGUACGGUAACUCCCGGUACGCUUACCUGGUGACCUUCGUGUCGCCCAACUACGACCAAUUGCUGCGCUUGGCUCGACGCCUCGGCAGGGAACAAUUAGCAUCUAUGAGAGAGCUGUGCGCCGAUUCCGUAGUCGCCGGCACCGCCGAGGAGUUUAUUCUGAACUACGCGCGUUCGUGCGAUUUGCAGAAGGCCGAGGUGCCUCGCAAGGUGAGACUAUGUCACGAAGAAUGGACGCCGGACACGGGACUAGUCACGCCCACGUUGAAGCUUUGCAGAAAGCCUCUGCAAAAGUACUACGAGAGUGAUAUAAACGCUCUUUACGAGUCGGACGAGGAAUGCGUUGUGCCUCUCAUACACCGCCCCGAGUAGUUGUGAUGGAAGUUAUUAGGCUAUAUUUGUGAUACGGUUGAAGUACUGGGUAUCAUAGCUUACCUAUACCGACUGGCAAGCGUUCAAAUACAAGGCCCGCACUGGAGUGACACUGACGGAGGAAGCUCUCGCAAAAUGGCGUGCCUGCAGACCAAGAAAUGGGCACUCGUCAUACAUUACAAACGUAGGCGUACGUAGUGUUCGCCAUUAGAGGUGGGUGAAGUGUCACCCCAGUGCCUCCCCCCCCCCCCCCAUUGGUAAAGUCCGAAAGAAAAGAUUCGCAAUGGAUGCAGAACUGAAAAUGAAGCGACGACGUACUUCUCUCAACGGCCUGCCUUUGGUCCCCGGCUCUCCGUGGGUAAAAGUGGCGAGUAAACAGUUCUUGGAAUACAACAUCAGGGGUCAUCGGCCCUCAUUCUCGUGAAAAAACUUGCAUGUUCAUGACCCCGAACUUCAAACGAUGGCCGGACAGGGUCCGACUAAGUAAGGUAUACGGGGCAGACUUGGCGCCUCCCUUAGACGAUUCGGUGGGCGGCCGCCCCCCUGCUCUCCCUGUGCGCCCGCCUAUGAUUACGAUGGUCAAGCGGACACCAAACACGAGAACAACGUCGAGUGAGCUGCGCAAUAUGCACUGCUGCCGUAAUUAAGACCGUGCAACGUCUUGUAUAUAUGUAAUGAUUACAUUGACCUGUAAGAUAAAGGAGCCCUGAACAUGGACCCUUACAUCACUUCUUGCUGAGACAACCGUGCCCAGGAACGCUCCUCACCUUCGGGCGUUGUUGGCUGGAGUGCUGGGUGUGUGAGUACAGUCGCGCACAAUAUGACUAGCAACACGGGAGCACGUGGCCUCAAGAGCUCCAAGAUCACCGAUGGCUUCCACAACCCAUUACAUCACUAACUGAAUGCUCUUCUUUCACUUGGGGAGGAUAUAAUACAAUAAAAUAUAAUUUAGUUGAGCAAAUGAAGGCAGAUUGAAGCCAUGCGCGAUCCUUUGGCUCAUGAGGCCACACGCUCCCAUUUUGCAAGUUAUACUGAGCGCGACUGUACGUGUGUCUCUUUCUCUUUUCUUUCCCCUUUUCCCACUGACAAAUUGAGGCACCACUGGCGACAUUUUCGUUUUGUAAUAAAGGAC